GCGGGUGACCCAGAGCUCAACAAUGGCGGAGCUUGGCGUCAUCGUCUCCUCUUCUCUCCACCUCCCUCCUUCCUCCUCUCUCUCCAAACCCUCAUCCCCUCCCCGCCGCUCCUCUCGCCGUAGCCUUCGCCUCUCGCCGCAACCCCUGCUUUCCGAUGUCCGCAUCGACCUCACCUCUCCUGCCUCCUCCUCCGAACCCUCCACCCGUCGUCUCCUCAAGUACUACGCUCGCCUCGCCUCGAAGAUCGCCCGGGGUGGUCGCUUCACUGACUUCCUUAUGAUCGCCGAGAGCGUCCUCACCUCUGACGCCGUCGCUGCCGAGUCGUCGCAGUUCGUGGCCCGUGUUGACACCCGGAUGAUCUCCAGUGGGAUCUAUGAUGUAUUGCGGAAUGGGGGUCUUAAUGUGGUUCUUGAUUUCUUGAAUGGGGCUCACAGGCUCGGCUUUUGUCCUUCUUCGUUCUUUGACGAGGCUGCGAUUGAAGCUUUGGGGGUGGAGUGCCGGAGGUUAGUGGAAAGAAGAAGGUUGGACGAGUUUGUGGAGAUAAUGGAAACUCUGGCUGAUUAUCAGUUCUUUGUUAAAGAAGUUGUUGAUCCUGAUGUUGUAUUGAGGAUAUUUGUCCAGAGGCGUAAUGUAGAAAUGGCUGUCAGAUAUGCAAGCAUAUUUCCCCAUGCCCAACUGCUUCUAUGUUCCGUCAUGAAUGAAUUUGGGAAGAAACGUGACUUAAAAUCAGCCAUAAGAACUUUUGAAGCAAUUAAAGAAACUUGUGGUGGCUAUAACAUGUUUGCUUGCCGCAGUAUAAUUGAUAUUUGUGGACUUUGUGGAGAUUUAUUGAAAUCCAGGAGUAUUUUUGAGGAGUUGCUCGCUCAGAAGAUCACACCAAACACCUACGUCUUCAACAGCCUUAUGAAUGUCAAUGCCCGUGAUUUGAGCUACACCUUGCAUGUUUACAGACAUAUGCAAGCUUUAUGUGUCACUCUGGAUCUGGCAUCUUAUAACAUAAUCUUGAAGGCUUGUUGCAAUGCGAAAAGAGUUGAUUUAGCCCAAGAUGUGUAUAAGGAGAUGAAAGACCUGCAAUCAAUGGGUGUCUUCAAAUUGGAUGUUAUCACAUACAGUACAAUGAUAAAAGUAUUUGCAGAUGCAAAAUUGUCGCAAAUGGCUUUGAAUGUAAAAGAAGACAUGCUUUGGGCUGGUGUUGAUCUUAAUAUAGUAACAUGGUCUUCAUUAAUCAGUGCUUUCACUAAUGCUGGUGAUGUAGAUCGUGCUUUGCAGAUGUUUGAAAAAAUGAUUCGAGCUGGAUGUGCACCCAAUGCUCAGUGUUGUAACAUUCUGCUUAAUGCUUUUGUUGAGUCAUGCCAGUAUGACAGAGCUUUUCGACUUUUCUAUACUUGGAAAGAGAGUGGAUUUAAAGUUUUUCAGAAUAUGAAGAAGAGGGAGCAUGACAAUAUUCAUGAUUCCUCAUUACUAGAUCAACUUACUGGAGAUGGUGAUACUCAGUCAAUCUGUUUAUAUGAUUCAAAACCUUUAGGCAACAUGGUAGUUGUUCCCUUCAGACCAACUGUUGCUACGUUUAACAUUCUAAUGAAGGCCUGUGGUUCUGAUCACUACCGAGCAAAAUCCCUGAUGGAUGAAAUGAAAAUAAUGGACCUUUCGCCCAACCAUAUCAGCUGGUCUAUCUUGAUUAAUAUCUAUGGGACAUCUCAAGACAUUUGGGGUGCCAUACAGGCAUUCAAAACGAUGCAUAGAUUUGGAAUUAAGCCUGAUGUUAUUGCAUACACUACAGCAAUUAAGGCUUGUGUGGAAAAUGAAAACCCAAAGAUGGCAUUCAUUUUAUUUGAAGAGAUGAAAAGACAUAAAAUUCAACCCAAUUUGGUGACAUAUAAUACGCUUUUAAGAGCUCUUACUCGAUAUGGAUCAUUGCAUGAUGUUCAACAAUGCCUAGCCAUGUAUCAGGACAUGAGGAAAGCGGGCUACAAUUCUAUUGAUUAUCAUCUUGAGGAAUUACUUGAGGAAUGGUGUGAAGGCGUAUUAUCUGGUGGCAAUCAAAAUAAGAUUCUAGCUGGUGCUGGUCGUUCUCACACUAUGAAGAAGCCUUACAGCUUGCUUAUCGAGAAGGUAGCAACUCAUUUGCAAAAAGAUGUUGGUGACAACCAAGCUAUUGAUAUUCGAGGCCUUACAAAGGUUGAAGCUAGGAUUAUUGUUCUUUCAGUCUUGAGAAUGAUCAAAGAGAGGUAUCAAUCAGGAAAACCCAUCGAAGAUGACAUUCUCAUCAUCUCCGGGAUCGGGAAGUAUGCGAAUGAUGCUGCCAAUCAUGAAUCAGAUGUGCAACAUGCAAUCAUCAAAGUUCUCCAGGAUGAACUGGGUCUUGAAGUUAAUACUGGACAUGGGACUGGCCCAGUUGGUAAUUCCAAAGAUCAGAAAUACCAGGCAAGACGGCCACAAGAUAUUGGUCUGUUAAAGGUCACAAAGGAAUCACUCUGUCACUGGUUGCAGAGGAAAAACAGACAAUAGUGGUGAUCUUCCAUUUCAGGUUCGGGCCGGGUAAAUUGGAGCAUACGCCUUGAAUUUUUUGGGCUACAUUAAUUUAUCCACUUAUUAUUUUGGGUUCACGGUGGAAUUUUAUAUCAUUUUUAUAGUUAAUAUAUAGCCAUAAUAAGUCUAUACA